AUGGAGGACCAGUGCAUGGUCAUGUGCGGCGAGUGGGUUUGUGAUAACGGAGGGAAGUGGGAUUUUGUGCUUGACAAGCGUCAGAUGGCGCGUCUGGUUCCUUUGUACGAAGGAAUGAGCUUGCGAGAACUUCAAGGCAACGUCUUGCGUGAGUUUGGCGUUGAGGAGGGUUUGUUUGUGGCUGCUCUUAGCUACUGGCCGCUGUCGAGCUUGGAGCUAGCGACCGGGAUAAAGACCCCGCCGGUAUUACUGACAAGUGAUGGAGCCCUAAGGUACUUUCUGCAGCAUUUGAGAGUGAAAGGAGAUAUGAAUUUGUUUGUGAGAUUUGAGAGGAGCAGCACCAAUAACAAUUUCGUUGAUGAUUCCGAAAUGGAAGGUCCAAGAGAUGCUCGAAAAGAGGCUCCCGAGAAGACUCCCAAUGCGCGUGUUGUUAAUCUUGAGGAAGUGGAGUUUGUACGUGAAGUUGAGAGGGUUGAAGAAGUAAUCAAUUGUGGGAGUACGUUCAGACAGGAAGAAGUUCUAGGCGGCAGUAAUGUUGGGGAAGAUGCGGUUGAUGAGAGAGACGUGAGGCCUAGAGGGUAUGACAAAGAGUUUUGGAGUCCACUUCUUAAAGACGACUUCUGGGGGUCUAAUGCUGUCAAUGUUAUUUACAAUGAGGAUGAGAUAGUGGAAGAUUUGAUAAAGAAUAGUGGUGGUAGAAGCAGCCUUAAGACUGGUCCUGUGAUGACAAACACCCGUGGACGGGUUGACAUUCCACCACUUUUUGAUGACACAAGCUAUGCUGCAGCAGAGAUACCAGACAUGGACUUGGACGAAGGUGAUGGGAAGAUCUAUGUUGGGAAGGUGGUUGGUAACAAAGAAGAUUGUCAAAUAUCACUGGCUAUAUACGCUAUAAGGAAUCAGUUUCGCUUCAAACAGACUAGGACAAAAGUUGAUUCUUUUGUGAUGGAGUGUCCUGACCCAAGGUGUGAUUGGCGUGGGACAGCCCAUGAAAUUAGAGGUUGUGGCUAUUACGAGAUCAGGAAAGCACAACUAGAUCAUAGCUGUCCAAUUGAAUUUAGACAGGGCUAUAAGAGUAAAGCUACAGCAUGGGUGAUCACAGCUGUGUACAAAGAGAAGUUUGGUGAUCCCGGGAAAGGGCCAGUGGCGUCAGAAUUGCAGAAGCUUGUGCUUGAGGAUCUUCGUGUGACUGGUUCUUACAUGAAGUGCUAUAGGGCUAAAGAGAAGGUUGUAAUCGACAUUCAUGGCUCUGGAGAAGAUUCUUAUCUGAAACUGUCUGAGUAUUUGCACAUGUUAAAAUUUUCGAAUCCUGGAACAGUGGCUGAUAUUGAAACGGAAGUUGAUGACGAUGGUGAUGAGCGGUUCUUUUAUCUGUUUCUUGCCUUUGGAGCGUCUAUACAAGGUUUUAAGAAGCUACGUCUGGUGCUGGUUGUAGAUGGAACACACUUAGGAGGCAAGUACAAAGGUGUGUUGCUCACGGCAAGCGGACAAGAUGCAAAUUUUCAGAUUUUCCCUCUAGCUUAUGCUAUUGUGGACAGCGAAGAUGAAGAAUCAUGGACUUGGUUCUUGAUGAAGUUGGAGAGGAUAUUAGGUGAUUCUCCAAGGCUUGCGAUCAUAUCUGACCGUGCAUCAUGCAUUGCAACAUCUGUGAAACGUGUGUACCCUUAUGCUAAUCACGGUUACUGCAUUGUUCAUUUGGCAAGAAACGUCAACUCUCGUUACUCAAGCAAAAACUUGGCUAAAAUGGUAAAAUCAACUGCAAUGGCUUUCCGUAUGGGAGAUUACAGGGACCUGUUAAGCAAAGUAAGGUCUCAGAGGAGUGAGUGUGGAGUGUAUCUGGCUAAGAUUGGUACUGCUCAUUGGUCAAGGGCUAACUUCCUUGGAGACCGCUACAACAUCAUGACUAGUAACAUAGCGGAGCAGCUGAACCAUGCACUCGUGGAGGGGAGAACUUCACCUAUUAUGGAGUUGGUUAUUUUCAUUCAAAGGAUGAUGACAAGGUGGUUUAGUGCAAGGAGAAAGAAGGCGGAAAACCACAGGGGUAUAGUUAGUGUGGAGGUGGACAAGGUGAUGACAAACAAUAUGGCAACGAUGAAGGGGAGUAAAGUGAAUUCUUCUACUGAAUGGAGUUGUGAAAUUAUAGGUAAGUAUGGUAGGAAAGAACGUGUGCAUCUUGCCACUAAGCAGUGUAGUUGCAAGUAUUUUGAUAAAAUCAAAAUACCCUCUGGCCAUGCUAUGAUUGUUGCAGACAGUUUGGGAGUGCGUUAUGAGACUUUGGUUGGUCACUACUACAAGACAUCCACAUGGAGGGAGACAUAUGCUGGGGUAAUCAGUCCAGAAGGGGACCCUCGUGACGUGGAUAUCCCUGAAGAUGUGAAGAAGAUGAUGUUGAUGCCCCCUUGUGACAAAGAGACAACCAGGUCGCAGAAGGAAGAACAGGAUUCCCUCGAUUGGUGA